AUGAGUAAACCAUUCCUGUACGGUGAAACGAGUCAGAAUGAGCGUUUGAAGAUCCUGCAAAAUUUCCAGUACAAUCCAAAAGUGAACACAAUUUUUGUUUCAAAGGUGGCCGACACAUCGUUUGACUUACCAGAGGCGAACGUUUUAAUUCAGAUCUCAGCGCAUGGUGGUUCAAGAAGGCAAGAAGCUCAACGUUUAGGCCGUAUUCUGAGAGCGAAAAAGCACUCAUCGGAUGCGUUCAAUGCAUUCUUCUAUUCGCUUGAUACCGUUGAGAUGAGCUACUCUCGCAAAAGACAACGAUUCUUGGUAAAUCAAGGAUACGCUUACAAGGUUGUCAACAGGCUGCCGGGCAUGGAGAAAGAGGAACUGUCAUUGAGCACAAAGGAAGCACAACUGAAUCUGUUACAUCAAGUGUUAGCUGCAUCCGAUGCAGAUGCUGAAGAAGAGGACGUCAAAGAGGAGACAUUCGAUGGUGCGAGAGAGGCCAAGGUACGCGCUUGCCCUCUUCUUUAA